AUGGUUGGAAUCAAAGAAGUUAUUAUAUUUAUGCUCGCUGUGUGCUUGGCAUCUAAUGGCUUGACGAUGUCACUCGCUGCCAAAGAUUCUACAGAAAACGAUAAAGGUGCAAGAUUGUUCAAAGCUCUUGGUAUGUCAAUAUACACAUCAUUUAUCAUGAUAAAAACUCCCAGCGACUCCGACAUAAACUUUGCAUAUAAGACACUAUAAUUGGCUAUAGGCUGUAGUGGUCUCCCUACUAAAUAAUUUUAUGUCUAUAAGUAUAUUGUUUUCUAGUUAGGGGAAGCUAAAUAACGUAAAAUAAAAUAAAAAAUACAAGAUAUAUUUGACCUCAGAUUGGUAUUUAUUAUUAUUUCAAUAACAUUUUAAGACAGUAAGGUAUUACAGUUUCACCUCGUUUCAGAAUGGCUUGCUUACAAAUUUAUUUAGUUUUUGGCUUCAGUUCUUUUAUGAUGCUUCCUCUUUUAUCGCCCAACUCCAAUGAGCUGCAUGUCCAAGGUCAAUGAGGUUGCUUAUUUUACUUUAUUGUUAUUUUUUUAAUAUAUAUUUAGGAGGAACAAACAUCAGACGUUCAUUUUGUGAGGAACCUAUUGUAUGUUUACAGCAUUAUACGAACAAUCUUGCAAGAAAAAUAGUCACAAGUGCAUGCGCACUUGUGGAAUGUGCUAGCUUUUAUACAACAACGAUAUCAACGACAUAUUAUAACGUUAUAACGUGUAGUUGUAUUCUGCAUUGAUUUUAAGACAAACAAGCUGAAUUAAAUUUUAAAGGCUAAAAAGUAAGCCAUUUCUCCUCAGUCUACGCAAUGUUUUUGUCCGGGGGGGCGUACAAAAUGUGGGUGGGGUGUUCUGCUGGGGUCUUGGAAUCCCUUACCCUUCUCAGACCACAAAAAGUUGUUCAAUUUUCCUACUCCGUAGUCAUAUUGGAGUUAAACUGUAUGCCCAAUCCAAGGCUAGAAGUCUUAAUUAAAAAGUGUUUUUUUAGUCAGUAUGCUUUCUCCACGUUACUGCAUGUCCAGGAUCUGUUAACAGUAACGUUACCCUCUCUCCCUUUGACAUCAUCUCAGACAACAAGACAAACUUCAUCAUUUAAUCGGGACAUGAGUGCGUGAAAGGUAGUACUCCUUAUGCUUGAGUACUGAACUGCCAGUUACAUGGUUUUUUAUUCUGUUAUGUUCUACUUGGAUUAUUUGCUUCUAAUUAUAUGACUGGAAAGCUAAAUGCACUUCCACUACUAAGAGUGAGAAUUCACGUACAAUACUUCUUAUCUAUGGAAAUGGCUGUCAACAUAGAAAUCCUCCAACUGAUUGUACGAAACAAAUGACAGCUAAGUACUAAUUUUUAAUGACUAAUGACUUUGGUGACAUGAAAUAAUUUUUCUUCCUCAACGAAGCUGUACCCUUGUAGAAUUAAUGCUUCUUCAAAUAUAUCCUGUAAAUGUUUCGAAGGCGUACUCUUCUUAGAAUCUAGAAUAAAAAGUAGUUGAAUGGUCACAAAAUUUCAAGAAAAUGGUAAUCUGGAAAAGCUUAAUAUUACCUCUUUAGUUAUCAUCGAUAAAAGGUUUUUAAUUAAAAUACAAAUUCUGUGACCAAAUUGAUCCGAGGACUGACAUGGUAUGUUCAGUCAAAUUUUAAAAAUAAUCUGAUUGUAUUAAAAUUUCGUUUUCGAUGUGUAUCACGGAUAUUAACUAAAAUUUAACAUUUCUUUAACAGGUAUUGACAGAUGUUAAUGACACACCAGUCGAGUUACUUGUUAUGGGCAACAAUAGCCUUAAUUGGGCUUGAAAUCCCAUUGGUCGAAACAGCCAGAUAAUUAAAAUCCUCGUUGUAUUAAAAAUACUCUUAAUGAUUAAGCAUUAUAUUUUAUUUAUAUAAUAUGCUUUAAUGUCUUAAGUGUUGCAAGCUGCAAUUGUGUUUUUAAAAGCUUCACAAGAGCAGCUCAACACGUUAAGCAGCGCAGGGUGAGUUUCAGCUCGAAGCAAAAAUAUUUUUGGAAGGUAGUUUAUGUAGAGUACUACAGUUACUUGGGGUGCGUUGAAUUGGGAAAUCUGGAUUUAGAUUUUAAAAUCCGGAUUUCGGAUUUGCGAGCGAACGCGAAAUCCGAAAACGAAUUUCAAAGCUGAGAUAUCUGUUUUUGGAUUUUCAUUUGUACCGUUCGGUUGGGAAAUCCGAAAAAGGAUUUGAAAAACUGUCCUUAAGAACAGCGGUCUUGCACGCGUACGCAUACUUAGAAAAAGGAAGACCACUGUUCACGAGAAUAGUUAUGCAAAUCCUUUUUCGGAUUUCCCAAUCGAACGGUGAAAGGAAAUCCAUGAAAUCUGGAUUUGGAAAUGGACGCGGGGUACAUGCCUUAGGUAUAAAUCAACCCAAAGGUUGGAUAUCUUGGUAAAAUUUACCUUUUCUAUAGUCAUGGUGACGGGAGGGUUCUGUUAGUCAUAGUUUUCUUCCGUUUCUUAAAAUUCCCAGUUUUCUUUUCUUACCACAGUUUAAGAAUUUGAAGCUUUCAAAUAUGCUUAUGUAUUCAUAAUACAUAAUAAUAAUAAUGGGUAUAAUGUUUUGUCGUAAUAUUUUAAAAUGAAUUCUCGAAGAAAAAACUAUCUGGAGACACUGACCAGCUUGCAGCUGUAAUACCCAGGAAAGCAACAUUUAGCAUUUUCACUCCUCCCAUUUCCUUUGACCGUACAAUAUUAGAACUCUAUCUGUUUCAUCCACACGUAAGUGUUAUAUUUAAAAUACUGAUAGAUGAGAUAUUAAUUAUCAUGUUUGCGAGCAAGGUUCGCCCUCCAACCACUGAGCAAUGGGAGGCCUUUGGUCAGGAUCAGGGAACUAAACACACUUCCAAAAGCGUCCUGUGUGUUAAUAAACAACAGAAGGUGUAAAUCGUAAGCGUAGAAAAUAACUGGGAAUAAACCAUAAAAAAUCCUCAUGAAGUAAUGAGAGUGGGAUGCAAAGUGUUCAAUUGCCAAAUCAAUGAAAUUUGGCCAUGAAGUCUCUGAAACCUGUACCAAAGAGAAUUCUGACCAGGUUGGGUAUUUUUUUCCCUUUCAGUCUUUACUAAUUGUUAGUAACAGAUGAUCUGAAGAUCAGUGUAAUAUGCAACAUUAUGGAAGGGGAUAACAGUGUACAGGUAACACAGUUAUCAGACGGCGAAUAUCAUUCCCAGCCGGACGCUUCCCCUAGGCUCAAAUCCCGGUCUCCGAGACAUAUGGUGAAAGAAUUUGUCGACAACACGACACUACAUGGCAUUCGUUAUGCCUUUAUGGAACGCCAUUUUCUCGUUCGCUUUAUCUGGGCUGUGUUGGUAUUGAUCUCUGGUGCCUACUACCUUUACACAGUUCGAACAGCGUUCCAGAAAUACUACGACCGUCCAGUCAAUACCGUGUUGAAGCAUGAGCACGUUGACGAGAUGGACUUUCCAGCGGUUACGAUCUGCUCUCGUAACAUGUUUGACUUAAGCAAAUUACUCAUGACAGAUGACAACCCUGUAUUUAAGUCGAGCGGCUUAAAUAUCACCUCUUGCGCUGUAACUGCAGGGGUUCGAGGUACUCUCCCAUGCGGAUUAGCUAUGCUUUGUUGCUGUUCACCACGCGCACUUGCAAACGUUGCCCCUGAAAUACCAAACUGCACAAGUCGGUAUAAACAAGAUCUUUUGGAUGCUAUGCAGCAAAGUCGUCAUAUCCCAGAUACUGACUCUUUCUUUAGAUACUACGGUCAAGAUAUCAGUGAACUCCUUGGACCUGAGUGCUAUUAUGACUGGAGUGAGACGGAUUGCUAUGAUAAAGAUUUCGUUUCCACGACAACCCAAUGGGGGAAGUGUUACACCUUUAACUCGGGUGCUUACGGCCGGAAGUUAACUGUAACCAGUAGUGGAGUAUCAUCUGGAUUGACAGUCAUUCUUGAUGCACAGACAGAUAAAUAUAGUUAUGGGAAAUUCUCAGAAGGAUUCAAGGUUCUCGUUCAUGGACAAGGCGAGUAUAUCGAUGAAUUGGAAGGAAUCAACGUUGGACCAGGACAACAUGUUAUCAUAGCUUUAACAGAGAAAAGGGUAACAAAUAAUUAAAGAUAUAUACAAUCUUUUUUCGCAUUGAUUUGCAGAUCACUUUUGCAGAAGCUAAACUGAAUAUAUGCUUAUCCAUAUGCUUGUUGUUUCAGGGUGCUCUCGAUGUUUUGUUAGAAGCCAGUUGUAGUGCUCAAAUGUUACCAUCUGUUAUUUUCUAGUGAAUGUUUUUUCCUCUUGUUUUGCUCUUUUUUCAGUACAAAAAUCUUGAAAAGCCAUAUGCCUCUAAUUGCUCCAUGAAAACAUUGAAAACAUUUUCCAUCUACACAAUAGAAGGCUGUCUUUAUGAAUGUGAAGCUGACAACAUCAUAAAAUCAUGCAACUGCCGACCUUCAGAUUACAAAGGUACAUAAGCAUGUUACAGUUUCUAUUUAUUGCAUGAAACAGUCUUCCUCGUGUUUAUUAUAAUUGAUCACCUACUGUAGGUAAUCACUUGGUUUGCUGGCAAUCCUGAUAAAUCACUACAUAGACCAAACUAUGGCCUUUUGUAGGCAAUCAAGGAUUUCCUGUUGGUUUUGUUUUUUGUUGCUGCUGUUGUCGUUUUUGUUCGUUGUUUGUGUCCAUUUAGUACACCCUUACUGCGGGACAAAUUUAGUUAGCAAUGCACAUUCGUUUCUUUUUUAGGAGCUCCAGAUAUUCAUAACUGCUUGAAACCCGAUGAAAUGGACUGCUUUGCAAAGGUGUCGGGUAUGUAUUACAUAUAUUAGUUAAGACCAAGUGAACUUAGUCGAGUUCAAGUCCAGUUCUGCUUAUUCUUAAUGGAUAUGCAAAAUUGUAAGUUAAUAUUACGUCAUCUGAUAGUCAUAUGAUAGUAAUGAAAUUGAAAGACUUAGAUUCCUCAUCGUUUUCGCCCUCUUAACGUAAAUAAUUGUAAUGAUGCUAAUGAUUUUAAUAUUUUGAGAUCCUCAGACAUCCAUAGUUAUAACACUAGAAGAAGGGGAGGGGUAGGGUGGCAGGUCAGUCCCAGAAUCGUAUAAAGAUCCGUUAUUUUGUCUAGCAUCUUUAGAGGAAGACUCGUGUGGAUGUGAGGUUCCUUGCUCAAAGAUCACAUACAUCACUGAUGUGUCCUACUCCAAGUUUCCUAACCGUAUCACCGCUCAAAAGUUUAUUCAAGACGGUUAUUAUGAUGACAUUGAGUAUCAAAGGUAAAUACUCUUUCAAUUUAGCACUACAACAAGAAGUGUCAGAGGUAUUCCUGUCCUAUCUUUAAAAAUAUAGAUUUGCAGAUGUUAAAACCAAUCAUAACAUAAUGAUUUCAUGAACUUCAUCGCAACAUAACAAAAUUUACUUCUUAUCAUAACAUAACAACAUAGACACACCUCAGUUUAAUAUUUUUUUUGCCUAUACAAGAACAAAGAAUAAAAAACAUAGACCACGUCAUCAUAUGCACAUCUGCAUCCUUAUGUCAUUGAGGGACUUAUUAUAUGUGGUUUAUAGAUAUGCAGAUGAUGAAGACUAAAAGUUUUACUCAAAUAACGUUAAUUACUUUUAUUAUUUAGGGAUAACCUCGUGCUUUUGCAAGUUGGUUUUAAGUUUUUGAGUUAUGAGCUACAGGAGGAGCAGCCUGCGUACGACAGAAACUCCCUGUUUGGUAAAAUGAUUCGGUUGUUAGUUUUAUUGAGAAAUAUUAUUAUUAUUUAUUAGCCCAAUGUUGUGUAUGUGUUGCAAAGGUUUUGCGAAAGCUAAAGCCAGGCAACAUAUUUAACCUAAAUAGACCUUUAACAUUUUUUUCAAAGUCACAUUUAUAUUCAUUUUUACUUUGACAUUUUGAGAAAAAGGAUUCGACAGUAUCCACAUGAUCACAUGAGGUACGACCGCGCGCGGUAGGUCUCUAUCACGGUCCAACCAAUUGCAUCCUUUACCACUGAGACAACCUUCCAUAGUAAAAUGAUGAGAUGCUAUUGAUCUAUUAUUGACUGAUAUACGCCAAUUGACAGUUAUUUCCAUAAUAUUUUCCUUUGUUUUGUGUUGUAGGUGAGAUCGGGGGCAACAUGGGCUUAUUCUUGGGAUGCAGUUUGUUAACGAUAUUCGAGUUUCUCGACUUCCUUAUCUCCUUCAUAGUAACACUGAAAAGGCGUUAUUUGAUACAUGCAGCAUGA